UUUCUCCUUAUCCCUUACUCUUCACAUCCUCCCUACCACUUACACUUAACAUCUAAUACUAACUACUAUCCUUACUUAUUCUUCUUACUAUUACUUCCUUACCUUCUUAUUACUUUCUUACCCUAUUAUCAUUCAUAUCACUCUUAUUACCUACAUUACCUUAUCAUCUCUCAUAUCACUCUUAUUACCUACAUUACCUUAUUAUUAUUCAUAUUACCUACAUUACUUUAUUAUCACUCUUAUUACUUCCUUACCUUAUAUUACCCUAUUAUUCCUCUUAUUACCUUACUAUUAUUCAUAUCACUCUUAUUACCUUACUAUCACUCUUAUUAUCUAUAUUACCUUAUUAUCUCUCUUAUUACUUUCUUACCUAUCUUACUACUCAUAUCUCUCUCCUUAUUAUUACUUCCUUACCUUCUUAUUCCCUUGUUAUCUCUCAUAUCGCCUCUUAUUAUCUUACUAUCAUUUCCCUUCCAUUUCUUACCUUCCUUAUUAGCCUUAUUUAUACUCCCCUCCUCAUUUAGUCAAUUAAUUCUUUUACCUUAUUUUAUUAUUAUUUACUUAUCCUACCCACUUACUCAAUUAAUUUACUUAUCUUAUUUUAUUAUUACCUACCUUACUAUUUCUUAUUCCAUUCACUAUACUUACGUAUUAUCCUACCCUAUCUUUACUUACCUUAUGUCUGUCUUUCUAUAUUACUCUCUUACCUUCCUAUUACUUCCUUACCUUAUACUAUUCAUAUCACCUACAUCACCCUCUUAUCACUUCCUUAAUUACCCACUUAUUAUUAGUUACUUACCCUAUCACUCCUCAUAUUCCCUUCUUGCCCUAUUCCUUAUUACCCACUCUCUUUACUCUCUUCCCUUACUUAUCUUUCUAUUUAUUUCUACUUAA